AUGCGCUUGAUUGUGUCGUAUUCCGGGCGCGAGCUCGAGAUACGGCAGACGCUCGUGCAAUUCCAAUCAUUCGACUACUUUUUGGAUUGCGUCUCGCUUGCAACUGGCAUUCCGUACGAUUCGAUUAUCUGCAUUACACAGGAUGGCGUGCAAGUGAACGAGGCGGUGAUGGAUGCGCUGCGCGCACAAGGACCGAAUCCCGGGCUCGUAUUCUACGUGUUUGACCGCGAGCUCUUAUAUGCGGAUGUGGAAGUAGUUGCGCCGCAACUCGAGGAGGCUGUGUCGCAUAGGACGCUGGCCGCUGCGCCGCAACUUUCUACACCGCUUGCGCCGGACGCACUGGCACCGCUCCUUGCGUGGGCCGAGGACGCGGAGCAAGGCAUGGAGCUGGAUUGCAAGCUUGCCAAAGAAUUCCAUGCAUGCAUUCACCGGAUCGAGCAGAGCACGCGCGUGGGUAUUGCAAACUUGCAGGCACACGCCGACGCGAUAAAAAAAGCAAUGCACACACUGGAACAGAUUGCCAGCACAGAGUGCGCACACAUGCAGCACUUACUUGCACGCUACGAAACGGAUAUCUAUAUUUUGCAGCACAUCCACAUUAACCCAAAGCUGGUGCCACGCACGGAAAAAGGGCAAGCGACGCUCGGCGCGUACGUUGAUGUGGACGCGGUGUGCACAGCUGCGAAAGAGUGCAAAGAACACUUUGACAGUCUCCAAACGCAAUACAACAAUGCGUAUCAAACAGAACUGCAGUAUGGGGAGGACUUGCGCGACAUUAUUGCCGAGAUGCAGCUGCUGGACCUGUCCCCUUCACAGAAUACGCUACACGAGCUGCAAAAAGCGAUCGAGCGCGGCAAGGCGGCAUUGGCUACGCUGCGUGCUUCGUCUGCCAACGUAGAAGCGCUUAACAUGGCGUCUGCAACGCUGCAUACUUGCUGUACAACCGUUGUAGCGUGCAUGAAUCGGCUCGUGGACGACAGGAACGAAAUUAUGCUCAGCCAGCUGAAUUUUGUGCAGGACAUCAGCAGCCUAGAAUCAGACUAUGCAAGCCUUGGCGUUACUCUUUCCGAGGUCGACGCGGCAUUUUCGAAUGUGCACAAAGGCGCAUUCAAGCACCUCACGCGUGUAAAAAAGAUUCUAUGGGCAUACGGCGCGUCGCUUAUCGAGGCACGCCGGCGCUCCGAGUACAGCAAGCAAUUUAUGCACAAGGUCCAGCAGCUUGCGGAGCUUAUGGCUGAGUAUGCUGCGGAGGAAAAGGCGCACCGCAACGACUACCUCGAACUGGUAGCGCCGCACUUGCCGUGGUACGCUGCGAUGGAUGGUACGUCGCUCGCCAUGGACAUCUCUGUAAAGCGCGGCGCAAAUCACACUGCGCCGGAGUUUGGCGCUGCAGACGUAGACGAGUUUCUCCACGCGCUAGAUGCACUGCACAGCGAUACAAGCGCGCGGCACGAUAGCAUCGACCCCAUCGGCGAGGUGCGGGCGGAUCUCUCCGCACGUUUGCACGCUCUCGACGACGAGGAGGCGCGGUUUGUCGUCCUUGCGCGCCGCCAAUUGUGCCUCGACGCAGACGACGCGUCAGAUACGUCGUUCGGGAGCACGGACCAGCGCGACGCACUCAUCCACACGGGCGGGCGCGAAGUCGACACGCUGCGGCACCGCCUCGCACUCUCACACGAGCGAUCACAGAAGCUCGAGGCAGAGCUUGCGAGGCGCGUCUCAAAUGCGAGCACCGAGCACCAAGCGCUGCAGCAUGCAUUGGAGCAGGCGCGCACGGCACUUGCAGCACUGCAAGCGCCGCGAGCUGCAUUGCACGAACACUUGCUUCAGCUGGCAGCCCACGUCGCUGCUUUUUCCACGCACAAGACACAUGCAGAGCAGGAUGCUAGGGCACUGCUGGGUUUCAUUGCCGAGUGCCUUACAGCGCUUGGCCACCCGCACCGAGGCUGGUGCCACGAGCAGAAGCAGACACUCGGCACGACGCUCGCGGCGCUGCGUACGUGCGACACUGUGCCGCUUCCACGGGCGCUACACACACAGCUCGAUGCCGUGUGUCAUGCUGCGGACCGCUGGCAGCUCGCGUCGGGAACCGAGGACGCCAAUACGGUCCCCUCUUUUUCGCCGUGCGCCACGAGCCCCGUGCUUUUUCAGCGCAUCCACAAUGAAGAUGGCGCGCGGACUGGCGCGUGGAUGGGCGUCGUGCGCGAUAUCUACGUUGCUACAAGCGCCCCAGUAGACGACACUGCCUACUUUGUUGCGCACUGCACACAAUGCGCAGAGUGUGUUGCGGAAGAAAACAACAUGUUCCAGCUACCGCCGCGCACACUAUACCAUCUAGUUCAUCUCGACGCAGUGCCCGCCCGGAAUUCGAGCCGCAAGAGUGCCGCGGCUUCCCUUGCGCUGCUCGCCGGCCAUACGACUCUGCUCCGGCUGGGGAUCAACUUUGGGACACUGUCCGAUGCCGGCGCGCCGCGCAUGAAAGCUUCGCCGCCAAAAUCUAACCGAAGGCAUGCGCGCCUCUCGCAGGAGCGGCGUCCCAGCCAUGGGCCAGACAAAACGCAGCCAUGUUCGCGCCUUCCCUGCGCACCAUUACGCGAAAACAGGGCGGUGACGAACAAGCGAGUUGCAAGUGCGUCGCUUUCCGACGAGCGCAAAUCCUCUGCGAGCACCGACUCGCCCGCAGGGUCCGAAGUGCAGGCAGCGCACGUCAUGUUGCGUGCCGAUACGCCGAGCGACGCUGCGACGCCCCAGCGCUUCGAUAUGGACGAUGCGGAUAUGGGUGUAGCCAAGAGCUCGACUCCCAUUACGAUUGAGCAUGUGCAGCGCAGUAUACCCUUUUACCCCGUCUCGUCGUGGAGCGACGACGACAAUACAAGUGCCGACGGCAGCGACAACGAGAGUGUUACUACACCGAUCCCUGGGAUUGAUACACUACCCGCCAAGCCCGGCGCAAUUCCCGUUUUUCCUGCGGAGCGAGACGAGCGCGUGGGCAUUGAGGUGUACCUCGAGGAGAGCUUGGCGGUGGAGGGCGGGUGUUUACAAGGGUGCUUGCGCCUCCAGCUUCCGUCCCACACGAACCCAAAGACGGCGAUGUUGCUGGCGCAGCCGCGCGUGCGCUUGAUUGGGUACGAGGCUUUGCCGAAAGACGAUAUGCGCCAUGUAUUUUAUCACCAUACCUCGGUCAUCGACGGUGAUCGCAGCGUCGACGGCCCUUCGGAGCCGUACGUUCUCCAUGGCUCGCCUGCCGUGUCCGAAGGUGCCAACAAUGCAUUGAGUUCGUGCUAUGCAUCUCUCCCCGACGCUGAUGGUUUUUACUUGGGCAUGGAAGGCGUGCACAUCCUUCCAUUUUCUCUCCAACUUCCGUUCGGCCGCGGCGUAAAAGGCAGCUACUUGAGCAAAAAGGCCGAAGUGGGAUACAUUUUGAUUGCCUCUGUGCGUGUCAAGGCAUUUGGCGAGCAGCACGGCGGCGGUGUUGCGCACUGCUUCCAAAAAGUAACGCUGUACCCCUACCUGAAUCCCGCCGCGACGCUUGCGAGUGCACUCCGUCCGUUGGUUGAGCAUGGCGGCGCCACCGACGGAAAAGGUGCGCCGCUCCGCAUUGCUGCAGCGCUCCAUCGCGAGACGUGGGUCGCAGGCCAGCGCGUCUACUUUGACAUGAGCGUGCUGAACCACACCAAGGACACUAUCCACCUCUUGCACAUCACGCUCCAGCGCACCGAGAUUCUGUACAAGAUCGGCGACGAGAACAGUGAGCCGAUCACCGAGUCAAGCACGGAAAUCGUUGCGCAGGACACGUUAAAUGCGCAUACCAAGAAUCCCGACGACUCGUGGUGGGCAGGCGUCAAGCCUGGCCCCCCUGUCCACUUUUCCCACUCAUUCGUCCUCCCCGACCAUGUGCUGACGAUUCCGCACAGCCGGCAUGUCGAAGUACAAUACUCGCUGCGCAUCGGCAUCGGCAACGACAAAAAAGACUGGACGCACUUGUCGCUGCCGCUGCGUAUAGUCAACUUUGUCUCGCUCGAUCCGCCGCCGCCCAAACGCAGCUUUGGCGGCGCGGGCCUUUUAAGCCAGGCACUUGGUCUCGAAAUGGACCAGCACUUGAUGAUUGAGCGCGUGCGCACGAUGGAGUCAAUGCGUAGCCCACGAGCGUUCAUGUCCGCCUCGGGACACCUGCUUCCUUCUCCCGUCCCUCCCGUCCCUUUGCGCGGCAAAGGCGACGACGCCAGAGCCGCCCGCACCGCGCAGCACCGCCGCUCGCUCGACUUUAUUAAUAGUGCCAUUCGCAGCGCAACAGCGCGGCGCGCCUCGCCGUACGUGCAAGGGAAUGAUGCUGUCUCCCCUGCAGGUCUCGGCAUUGAACUCACCGCACCCACGCAGCCCCGCACGUCGUGGUACCAGCGCCAGGACACUUCGUUUGAAUUUGAGGAGCACGGCCAAACGACUCCACAGCCAGACGCAUCGGUGCAGCUUGGCGAUGAGACGACGGACGAUGUCGACCUCGUCUUUACGCCGCGUAUUGCCGAAGCUAAACGCACACCUGCACUGCCUGAUACCACCACAGAUGACGACUCGGCAAUGUGCAAUGAUAUCCUGGAUGCCUACGGCGAACUACACGCAGACGACUCGGCACGGUACGACACCAGCCUCGCCGCGCCUGCACCACGGCCGCUUCCACGCACCCCCGAGCCAGAACGGCGGGGAACUGAGGUGCACAUGCCUAGAUCCGCACCCAAAGAACUUGCACGCAUGCAGCACCAUCUCGUCGGAUCCCCCAGCAGGUCUGGCGCGCCGACUUUUCGCCCCCUUCCAGAAACGCCCGCACAGCUCCCUGUGCCGCACGGCCGCACGCGCUUGACCCAGAGCCUUGCGGCGAGCGCCGCGCCACUCCACGCGCUCGCGUUCGCACCGCCCGAAGCUCGAAACGUGCCUCCCCCGCGAAACAUGGCCACAGCGCAGGCUGGACCCCGCCAUGCAUAA